AGUGUAGUGUUUCAUUUUCGCUCAACGUUCGCGCGUGCUUCGCCUGUAGAAGCGUUUCAUAUAGAACUGAGCACCGUGUAUACUCGGGAAGACACAUACAACGGAAGCCAGAAGACGACGGAUGUUGCUAAAUGCUGAAUGGAAGCAGCCCAAACUGGCCCAGCCGAGAUCAAGAGUGUGUGUAUUGUUAUUUAACUAGAAUUUGAUUUUGAAUUUUGUGUAUCAAGGAAGAGUAAAGAGUAAGCAGUUUGAAACGCUUAAUACUGCUAUCUGCAAAGUGAAGUUUGUGACUAAAGAGUGAGAAAAUGAUGAGACUGUAAGAAAUAAGUGAAAUUUCGGUGAACGACAAGGAAAAGGACCAGGAUCAGUCGGUGCUCUGCUGCGGAAGAUAAUUUUUGAUGAUAUAAUCAGUCGAUUACUGUACCGUUCAAAGACAGAGAGCAGAGCGGAAAAACGCGAUUGAUUCUGGAGCGGGCCGGCCAGCAACGGCAAGAGUAGCGGAAAGAACCUGCCAAGUCGUAGUUUAUUAUCUAACGCAUCAACAGCAGCAGCAUCAGCAGCAGCAGCAGCAGUAGCAGCAGGAGCUGAUUGGUAAUUGAAUUCCGAAGAGAGAGUGCAAUCAAGUGCAUUUUGUUGAGUUGUGGCCGGUGUGAAAGUAAGCCACCAAAGUGUAUUGUAUAUCUAUAGAUGUAGCUUAGGGUAGAAGAAUUUUAUCACUCUUUCAUUGAAUUACCAGAGGAAAAGAAUUGAUGGUGGUAAGAAGGCCUCCCCCGUUAAGAGCAAAGUUAAGAGCAGUGCUAGAGUUAGACCUCUUUCUAAAGUGCAUCGUGAUUUAGCUAGCAACACGAUAAUCGGAUUGCAUGCUCCAGUUAAUAGUGAUGAAGAUGAAGAUGAUCUGGUAAAUGUGGUUCAAGAGGUUUCGAGCACCGAUUACGCAAUUGGCAAGCUACAAGUGAAGUUUCUGACACGUGUGCGGUCGAGUCUGUGCGGUGCGAUUUCGUAAUUGCGAUUGGCUAGACGAAAGAAGAAAGGCAAGAAGAAAUCAGGGUGGCAAACUGUCGGUCAGUUUUGGGAGUUGUGCGUGGUCUGAAAAUAGUUACCUCACUUUAGUGGUGUGAAGCAGAGAUUAAGUAUAAGUAGCCAUACAAGUGGGGGGCUUCAAUUUGCCAACCACAGGCAAGAGGCGAGAUGGCAGCUGCGAUGACGGAUCUGGCAAAAGAUGCAUUUAUGAGCCGUGAUUAUCAGCUUGCGUGUGAACUGUUUGAGCAGUAUAUUCGGGAGUGCUGCGGGGAUCCUCGGGAGAUAGAGGACAGUGAGACAGUGAUGAAUGUUAUGUCAACCGAUGCUAAUGAGGUGCCGAGUGGCGCUUCUCGUCUACAAUCUCAUGCAGUGUACUACGGUUAUGGAGAUUCUCUCGCCAAGACCGGCCGUCUGAAGGACGCUCUGGAUGUUUACGCGCACAUUAGCGCCACUUUGAAAACGGAGCUGAUCCCUUUGGAUCGUAUGAAGCAUCUAACCACCUCGCUCAUUGACGCCAUCAUCGCCAAGCGAACCGUGGACCAUUCGGGUGCUUACGGAGUGAAUCAAAUCGGUGGUGAAAAUUCGGUAGAUCCGCUGUGUUGUCCCAUAUGUGAGGACAUUCUCCGCUAUCCGGUGACAGCAACCUGCGGGCACACCUUUUGCCGGCAGUGCUGCUUCGGACAUAGCAAAUGCAUUGUCUGUCAGCAGAAGUUUCCGACGAUAUCGAGCAGUUCGCCGGUACUGGCUCAAUCUGUUCCUGCGACGAGCAGAUCGUCGACGAGUACCGCAACGUUGGCGUUGUUCUCGUUGACACCGUCGACGUCGGCGGUGAACAAUCAUGAGAAGCAACAGGAAAUGGACAUUCUGCGGGACAAGGAAAGCUCGGCGAGCUAUGGGGACGGUAUUUCCGGGAGUGCUAGUGCAAGUGGCAAAGCAUGCAACAACGGUGAUGGAGCUGCUAGUUGCGACAGUGGUGUUGUUGGUUUCGAACAGGACAUCCUUGUGCGGCGACUGGUGGAACGCUGGUGGGGACCAGAACUGCAGGCUGCCGAGUUCAAUGAAGAAGCCCAGCGACAUUUGGAGAGCGGCGCACUGGACGAUGCGCUGCGCUGCUGCAAUCAAAGUCUCAAGCACGCACCCAACAGCUACAAAGGUCUUCUCCUGCGGUCCGAGGUCCUGUACCGGUUGCAGCACUACCAAAGUGCCCUGGCGGAUGCCGACAACGCCCUGAAAAGCCGUCCCACUUCGUACAAGGCACACUAUCAGCGAGCACUGGCACUGUCGGCGCUGGGGAAAUCAGAACAGGCCAUAAUGUCCCACUGUUUGUCGAUAUUCCUGGACAAACAGUCAAUGUGUGUGGCAAGCGGAAUAAAACAGGAACUAGCGAAGGAUCUUCAAAGUCUACUCGCCUCGGUUCGGUCGGAGCCGGAUCUCCCGCCGACCGUGCUGGAUCCACUGUCGCUCAUCUUUGGCAGUUCCUAUCGGCUGAUGAAUUCUCGCAAGCGGCGUCACCACCAUCGGUUCCUGUCGGUCCAUCGGCCCAAAGUGAAAAAGCAGUACCUCAGCCUGCGGACCAGCGACUUCGAUGACGAUCAUUCCGACUGCGGCGACGAGGACUACUUUCGGUCUAGUUUCUUCGAAGAAAUGGACGAUUUCUAUCAUCAAGCCAUCAAUCCGCCGCACCACCGCCGGAAAUCGCUGACGGCGUACAAUCUGAACAUUUUCAACCCCCGAAUGGAUGUGCCACUCGGUAAGGACUUCUACCCGUACCAUCAGCAGCAAUUGCUAAGAAGCCAAAGACUUCAGCAACAGCAACAACAGCAGCAGCAGCAGCAACAGCAACAACAACAGCAGCACCAACAACAACAAUACCAGCAGCCAGCUUUAAUCAUUCCAGGACAAAACUUGAAACUGAGGUCGUUCGUUGAUCGAAUGACCCGGGAGCUGGAAUCAAUCCGGUGGGCUGAGGGAACUCCGGUCCGGUUACAUGUCAAUCCGAUGAACAUUGAAGUGUCCGAUUUCGACUGUGUCCUGUGCUGUCGGACACUCUGCAAACCGGUGGUGACCCCUUGUGGGCAUACCUACUGUUGGGUCUGCCUCGAUCGCUGCAUGGAUUACUCGUCAUCGUGUCCGCUGUGUAUGGCACCGCUGAUCGAACAGUUCCGACAUCAUCUGGCCAGCAGUGCCGGUCAGUUUGCGCUGCUUAGCGCCAAUCCUAAACUGAUCUCAUUGUCUAAGCGUAAGGUAACCCAGUUUGUAGAGGUAGCAAUGCAACGGUUUAUUCCGGAUGCGUACGAAAAGCGUCAGCUGCAGGAACUGGAACGGGAACCGACGGUUCCGGUUUUCAUCUGCACAACGGCAUUUCCCUCGGUGCCAUGUCCCCUGUUUGUGUACGAGCCGCGCUACCGGUUGAUGGUCCGGCGGGCGAUCGAAAGCGGCGAGCGCCAAUUUGGGAUUGCUCUUCCGCAGCAGAAUGGCCGCCAGCGGUAUGUAGAGUACGGAACGAUGCUGGACAUUCGGGACUGCGUACUGCUCGGUGAUGGUUGUUCCAUAUUGUCGACGGUCGGUGGUCGCCGAUUUCGGGUGAUCGCUCGCCACGAAAAGGAUGGCUACGACACGGCAAAUGUAGAGUUUAUCGAGGACGACAAAAUCGACCCGGGAGGACCGACCGAGGACGACAAGGUGCAUUUAAUCCGCGAACUGCACGAGAAGGUGCUACUGAAAGCGAUCGGCUGGCAUCAAAGCCUGCCGGAGAACAUAAAGUGUGAAAUUUUCAAGAGCUUCGGUAAGAUGCCCGACCUGGAAGCGAACUGGGAAGACGUGGUGGAUGGGCCGGCGUGGGCGUGGUGGAUCAUUGCGAUUCUGCCGUUGAGUCAGCAUUUAAAGGUCGGCAUCCUAUCUACCACUAGUCUGGAGAAGCGGCUGCGAGCGAUCGAUAAAACUCUUAAUCUCGAAUCGGCUCAGCAGAAACGGAAGCGUUCUCUGUGCGUAGUUCCUGCCUCACCGGCGUCGCCGCCUCCAGUGAGUUGCUGCGAUGGUCUGCAGGCCACAGUAACAGUAGCAGCACAACAGCAGCAGCACCAUCAACAGCAUCAAAAUCAUCAGCAGCAGCAUCAACAACAACAAUGCCAAGCAAUUGAUUGUUGCUUACGAGAAAGAACUACCUCAACACACCAUCAUCAUCAUCAUCACCAUCAUGAUGAUGAAGACCACCAUCAUCAAGGAAACCAUCAGCACAACCACCACCACCAGCAGCACCACAACCAAAAUCACGAACAUGAUAGUGAUAGGCAUAGUUCCGAGGAUCAUCAUCAGCCACUUCACCAGCAUCAUCACCACCAUCACCAUCAUCACCAUCUAAGCCAAUCAGCAGAAACUACAGAGUGUUUGCUGUAAAACUGCUAAUCGCGCAUUUCCAUCCAAAAGUCCAAAAAAAGGAAAACAAAAGCACUAAACACUAGCACACUACAAACAACUAAUCACGUGAAAUGCAACUAAAUGGUUCUCUUCUUUUGUGAAAUGUACAACAUUCGUACCGUCGUGGAUCAAGCAGUAAAACCAAUUUAUGACCGUGUGUAACCUAAUUGCCAUAGAUGAAUAUGAUAGUUAAAUCAAUAAUUGUAAUCUGUAAGAAAAGAAGAAAACAAAAAACAGAAAAGUAACAUUGCCCUUUGUAGAAACAGAAAUACUAUUUUCUUCGAUACAUAAAUUUUACCGAAAGGCGGCAACAUUGAGCUGAAGGAGCUUUUAAGACAGAUUGAAAAUUGAGCUACUGCCUGUUGAGGGUUUUUUCUAUUUCAUCCAAGUUCGAUCUCCAUUUUUGCCAUUAUAGUCUGUACUGUAACCCUUGUAUAACCUUACUCUUCUUCCAAAUCUGCUGAACAUUAAUAAUGCUAACUAAUGCAUAACAACAACAACAACAAAAACAUUAAUAUGCGCACCUCUUCAACAUGCGAACUACAAAUGAAAUACAACACUUUCUGAUUCUUCCUAUCUGCUAUCUAUUUAAGCGAUUUCCAUUUGAUAGAUAAAUUGUAUUCAGUAAAACCUAUAAUCCAUUUAAUCAUCUUACAAAACAAAAAUUGAUCAAAAUUCUAAUUAAGCCAUGUUUUUUCCCAAAAACUCUUGUCUCCAUUCUAUUCUCUCUUCUCAACUAAUUAUUAUCGAUUUAACUUCCUAACACAAAUAAGACGCAAACUCUGUAACGUAUAUAUUCCCUAAUCAUUGCAACAAGAACCAGCCAAUUAACUGACUACAAUUUGUAGUGUCCUGCUUCUUUUUCCCCUGAAAAGGGCUUUGAUCUGUUAGGAGUGUCGCUAGGUACAAGAAGAAAUGCAAAACAAGUGGACAACCCAGCAAACAUUUGUGCUGUAUAAUUGUUUAUUCGACUAGCGCUGAAUAACGUUUGAUAGAAAACUCCAUCACGUCAAACAACGCAACAAAUUAUCGCUUAAAUCUUUGAAAUACUUGAAACUUCGUUCAAAACUAUACUUAAAUACUUUUUUUUGUCGGUAAGAUAACGGACCAUGUAUACUAUUUACAAUGUUUAAACCGAAGCGUGGGAUAUAGAACAACAACAUCCAAAAACUAUUUAAUUGAAACGACUUUAAGAGUAACAUAACCUAGAGUGGUGAGAUCAGUGUUGCUAAUCAAACGAGAAGAAAAGGAUGCGUACUCUUACCGUAACGAUUGUGAGAAGCAUAGCAGCCUACGCUUACUUCACUGACAUCUUUUUGCACAGCCCGCUCACGAGGCCAGCAGCUCGUGAGCUGCCGACAGCCCGCGAGCGAGUAUGACACACAAGGAUGAACACGGUACAGAUUUUUUUUUACUUCUACUUUUAUUUUUCAUAUUACACCCUCGCCUACACACACGGGUAAGAGUGAGGGCUUCGCGAGCGAUCGGUAUCAACCGCGCGGGUUGGAAUGACGGUCACAAAAACCUUGAAAAAACAAUAUGGAAUGGAGUCCGAAAGAGAUGCUCCAGCAAGUUUGUUCGUUAGAACGAGUACGCACGUGUGAUAAAAUCUUCUCAACACUGGUUGAGACUCAGUUUGGAAGAAAGAGAGCACUCGAAAUGCUCGACAAAUCUGCGGGAUGUUGAACAUCUUGCAAGAGAUGUCAUUGGUCAUUCUGAGAACAAAUUUUAAAGCAUAAAGUCGAGUUUUGACUUGACGAAAGAAAGUAAUUUUUAAGGUCACGACAAGAAGGUGGGGCGCCGACCUUUCGAAGGCAUGUUUUGCAAUGGAAGAAUCAAAUAAUCGCAGGAUGGCGGAUCUUUUACUAAACAUAAAAGUACCUACCGGUUAUAUUAAAAACUUAACAAACACUGGUUUUCCGGACUUACACCCAAAGCUUUUUUUGGCGUUAAAUUUUAUAGAAUUUUAUAAAAUGGAGGACCUGGCGCAACCUGAACCAUUCAAUGGGUCCGAAGUUGGAUUUGAACUUAAAUGUAAAGUAGGAUUUAACUUAAGAUUUAGAUUUGGAUGCGACUUUGAGUUCGAAUUCCGACUCGAAGUUGGAUUUGAUUGGCUCAAAUUAAAAUCCGCUGGAGUUUUAUACGAGAUCAAACUUUAAAUUGGACGUGAACUUGGACUAUAAAGUGGACUUUAAAAUAGAUUUCUAAUUGGACUUUAUACUUUAUUUAUGGAAAUAAUACUAUCAUUUGAACUUGAAAUUGAACUUAAAUUGGACUUGAAAUGGGACUUGAAAUUGUAUUAGAAAUUAGACUUGAAAUAGGACUUAAAUUGGAUUAGAAAUAGAACGUGAAAUUAGAUUUGAAAUUUUACUUGAAAUUGAACACGAAAUUGGACUUGAAACGUUACUUUAACUUUAACGUUACUUGAAACGUUAAUUGUAUUUGAAAGUAGACUUGAAAUUGCAUUUGUGAUUAGCACUGGCGUGCUCAGUCAUAGACACCGACAUUUCAGAAGUAUGUUUGGGCUAGAAAAAUCAGCUAAUUGUAGGAUAACGAAUCUAUUUUGAUGCAAGUAAUUUACUUAUCGCAAAAAAUCAAGCUGAUUGGAUUAAUAACUCCGGACUUCCAGGUUACAAUUUGAGAUUUUUUUUCACAUUAUAUUUCAUAGAGAAGACCCAGUUUGGUCAUCUUGGUGGACCUGAAACUGGAUUAGAAAUUAGACAAAAUUCGACUUGAUAUUAGAUUAGAAUUUGCAUUUAAUUUCGAACUUGGGUUCGGACUUGAACGUGGACUUGAAAUGGUCUUAAAUUUGAACAGUAAAACAGAAAAAAAAACACCCGUUGUGCUAUUACAAUGAACGUGCCGCUUGCUACGAUGGUCGGAACCCGUCUUCUCGGUGGUCAAACAUAAUUGCCAUCGGCGGGGGAGCGUAUGGGGGCGGCUAUGAAAUGGUUCAGACUGAAGGGACAAAACACAAAAUAGAUAUUAGACUAUCUAAUAUAGAAUGGUGCGGCGGUAGUUUAACUGCAAAAACACUUGGGUACUAACCGAGAGAGAGUGUGAAUUAGAGUUCUACCUACCAUCGAACGAUUCAGUAUAUUUUCGACCUAAUCUUUGAAUUGACCUCCAAAUUUAACGCUGAAUUCGAAUUGACAUCAGAUAUGAAAUGUGACUUGAAAAGGACAUUGGAAGGGACAUUGGAAUGAUACUUGAAUUGGGUUUGAAAUCGCACUCAAAAUUAAUCUUAAGAUCAGAGCCGAAAUUAGACUAAAAAUUAGAUUCGAAAUUUUACUUGAAGUUGAAAUGAAUUUCUGUCUGUCUGUCAAUAUGACCCUUAUAGACACGGAAACUACUAAACCGAUCGGUGUGAAAAUUUCUAUGCAUGGGUCUUUGUGGCCAGGGGUGAUUCUUAUUAUGGUUUGAAAUCCCUUCCCCUUCUAGAGGCGGGGGGAGGGGGAGGGGGCUCCCAUGCAAAUGAAACACAAAUUUCUGCAAAACUCGAGAAUUAACCAAGCAAAUUUGGAAUGUGGAAGUUUGGAUUUUGGCUGGCAGGAUUUUUUUCUGUAGUGAAACAAAACCCCUUCCCACUUUACUUUAAGCUGGACUUAAAAAUUAAAUUUGAAAUACAGUAAUGUUCCGAUUUUGUCAGCCCCAUGUUGAAUUUUGGGCUGACAAAAUGAGGAAACUGUCAAAAUCGGGCAUUUUUUUUCAGGCAUUUUUUCAAAAUUCAAGACUUAAGACCUUGAAAUAUCGAAGACUUCUACUAAAAAUUAAAUUUUAACCCUCGAUUGGUCAACCAAAUCUCAAUGAACCAGGCACAGCACACUGGUCCAGAACCUUUAUUGGUGCCCAUUAGCUUUGAGCGGAAAAGCUUGGUUUUAGGUUUAUGGAACCUUUGGAAGACUUUCCUAAAAUUAAAAGUUCUAUCGUCCAGCGGAACUCAAAUUUUGAUUAACCCCCCUAAAAGUGCAAUAAAAAAUUUAUUUUUCUUCAGUUUCAAUAUAACACAUUGAUGUGUUCUGCAAAGU